UUUGUUCAAUGACUAAAAUAUUUGUUUUGAUUAUGUCUCAGUAACUCAUACAACAGCACUUAAAAACACGACUAUCCCUUUAAAAGUGUUUCAGUGGAUUUGAUCAAUACUGAUAUUCUUGACACAUGAAGAGUAAAUGAAGUGAUUUGUGGAUGAAAAGUAAAUUUUACAAUAGUUGUAAAGAUUUAUUUUCUUUAUAAAUGACACACACGGGGAUGAGAGUGCACUCUUGUGAGAUUAUGAUCUUCUGCCAUCUUGUGGAAAAACAGAGAAACACAGCCUCUAACAUGUGACCUGUGUCGCUUAUGUGAUAUUAUUUAUAUUUAGAUCAAUUUAAAACUAAAAGUAGAACCUAAUUAACGAUUGGAAAGUUCUUUGAGUUGCCUUAUUCCAAACGUCUUAUAUAAUCUAAAUGUACGUUUCGCGAAUCAUACAAGGGUGAUUUGUCGCUCGUGUCUUCCCGUAGGUUUGUUGAUGUUGUUGCAGGAGCUUGUACGUGCGGACUGACAGGUCUGUACACCAUGUACUUUCACUCAUUUUCAGCACGGUUAAAGUGGUUUAUUUACGCAUAACAGCGUUAAUGUUGGCUUAAUUCAUGUUUGUAGUUGUGUUUGAGAAGGUGAAGUCACAGUCGGAAGAUGGCAACAUGAAAGGAGAAAGUGUUCCAUCAGCUGACCGGAGCUAGGCCUAUCAGCAGCAGCUAGUUAGCGUAGCUUAACUGAAGGGCUAGUUGGUGUUAAAGCAGUGCUGUUUCUGUUUUUUUCUAAAACAAAUAAAUAUAUUUACUGUCAACGAAGAAGGUGUUUAGUAUAAAUGACCGCUGCUCCGUGAAAGACACGCGCUAAUGUUGCAUCAUGAGCUAACAGCAGCUAACUGGGCUAAAGGUUAGCUGCAGUUUGGUGAUGUAACUUAAGUGACAACACAUGUUUUUGUUGUUUUUACUCCCGCAGAUAAAUCAGCGAAAGCAGGAGGAAAGUGAACAUACACACACACACACACACACGAGCGCACCAUGUCCACCGGCGUGCUGUGUGGAUGCAGCAGGGUGGUUCUGUCUCAGACCGCGGGUCGUCAAGCGUUAGCUGCUCUCAGAGUCGGAAGAACCAGAACCUUUUCUGCUGCUAGUUCAGAUGAACCGUACGUUACUUUAUCACACACAGACUCAGGACCCAGAACUGUGUGGCCCGAUGAGAACAUGGGGCCGUUCGGUCCUCAGGACCGGCGCUUCCAGUUACCUGGCAACGUUGGCUUUGACUGUCACCUGGACGGCACGGCCGAGCAGAAGAAAUUUCCGAUCCACAGAACGGUUCCGGACGUGCUGACCGCGCCGAGCAGCGCAGAGAGACACCAGUUCGUUCUGGCCCAGUUUGUCAACGAGUUCCAUGGGAAACUGGGUCCCAUGUCGAUCAGAGUCAACAAAGCAGAGCAGUAUUUUCAUCAAACAGACACCGACUGUUCCAUAAACUCCUGUCCUGAGCUGCUGAGGAAAGAUCUAGAGCUACUGUUUCCCUCAGCACCUGCCACCUCCAUCACGGUUGUCACGGUGACGCAGAGUCGUCGUCACUGUGAGGAGGAGAAGGAGGCAGAGUCAGAGCAGGGCACAGAACAGCUGCUAAACAAAUUUGUAAACGGAGCAAAGGAAAUGUGUUUCGCUCUGUGGACGGCGGGUUACUGGGCCGACUUCAUCCACCCGACGACAGGAGCAGCGUUCUUUGCGUCUCCGUUAAGUCCCGCCCCACUGCAAACAGAGGAGGAGCUGAGACAUUUAGGUUUCCACAUCGAGGUGUCGGGCUCGUGCACGGUGAUCCGUCACAUCCUGAGCGGAACGCCGUUGUUUGUGGGGACCGUUUUCACCAACGCACCGACCCACAGCGCCACCAUUGCGCGGCUACAAGGACUGUCGGACGUUCUCGACGACGAGGAAUAGGCUGUUUUUCUAUUUAAUAUAUAUAUUAUUUUUAUGAAUGGCCUCUUAUUUAUGGUGUGAACAAGCGUCGGUGUCACUGAGACGCUGCGUGACUGGACCAGGAUUAUUCCACACUACAGUACAUCCAGGCAGAUUACACCACGUGUUAUUAUUGUAAUUUGCCUUUUUUAAACGUGUCGGUCAGUGACAUCAUCAUCAUCAUCAUCAUCAUCGACGGUCAGAUGAUGAGAAACAGAAAGUGGAGACAUUUCAUAUGCAAAGCGACGUCGCUUUGAGAUUUAAUAAUUUAUUUUCACAGCUUGAGUCGAAGGAGCUGAAGCAAAACUGGUGAAAUAAAUCCAAACUGUGAAGACUUCA